AGACAGAGUGCAUAGCACAUCUAUGGUGGUGCACAGUAGGAGAGGCGCAAUGUUUCCUAGUUAAGGAGGUACGUUAACGUUAACUUAACGGCUCAUCUAAAGAAAUGACAGGACUGGGGAUUUACAAACUGGACAAUGGACAAAGUUACCCUUCAAACUGUUUCCCAAUAAGAUCAUUUUUUCAUCCAAAAAAUGAAGGGGCUGGACACUGGCUCGUAGCAAACAGAAAUACUUUGGAAGAGAGGACAUCAAAAAGGAAAAACAUUUCAGGAUCAGGUUUUGAAGUGGACUCUAGGAAACAUGAAAAGAGAAAACUAGAGAAUGCUAGCAACUGUUUAGAUGCACAGCUUGUUCUUACACUGUGUUGUGUGGACAAGCCCUCAGACCUCUGUUCUGUUAACAUCAGUGGCCAGCAUUUGCAAACGGUCAGACUUGAGGGUUUGGAACAAUUUGAUAAUGUCGCAUACAUAAAUGCGUCUGAUAACCAUUUUACUUUAGAACCCUUUGUCAUGUUUCCUGCUUUGAGGGAAUUGGAUCUGUCACUGAACAAUCUCCAUAAUUUAGAGAUUCAUGCUGAAGACUUCCAGAAAUUGGAGGUGUUGGAUUUAUCCUACAAUAACUUAACAGGAGAAAGCAUAAUAAAUCUAGGCCUGUUGCCACGUCUGAAGGUGCUCCAUCUGACUGGAAACCGGCUGCAGAUGCUUCCACUCAACAUGGCUGGACCUUGUACCUACUCCGGAGAAAACACAGGACGGGGUGUCUUGCUAUUUCAAACUCUGGAGGUAUUGAUGCUUGAUGACAACAAAUUAUUUUCUCCGGGAGUGUUUAUGAGCCUUGCUAACUUAAAGAGGCUUCGUCAUCUAAACUUACAAGGAAAUUACAUCUCAGGAGUCCCAUUCUUAGAAAAAGUGGCAACAUUACAAGAUGCCCAGACAGAAAUUAUGCCACAGAGCAUCGGACAGAAUGUGGCCACAGUGAAUGACAAGAGGACAAAGUACCCUGAAAUCACGAUGAGCCAGCAAAAACCAGAAAAAACUUUGAAAGAGGACAAAUCAUGUCUCGAAAUGCAUUCUGGUACCCUACAAUACAGUCAUGAGAGACAGGAGGACGGAUGCGCUCUGGGUCUCUGUCUACCUUUUCCAGAACUUCGUCAUCUGAAUUUGGCCAACAAUGAGAUAGCUGAGGAAGAGGCAUUGUUGCCCGUGGCAUUGUUUCCAAAGCUCAGUGAGAUUGUUAUUCACUCAAACCCCUUGACAACACAGAGGAGCGGUGAUCCACCAAUGCUGACAUGUUUUCUUCAAGACAAGCUUGGUAUUAAGAUUACACGCAAGAAAACAACUGAUCUGAUUAAGCGACAUAUCAUACUCCCUGUCAAUCCUAAAAGAAAGGUGAAAUCUACAGUUCCAUAUGUACAUGUACCAAAAUUUCCUUCAAUUAUGGCAAAUCAACAUGCUACAGAAAUGCUCUGUUCCAAGAAAUGUACCGGACAAGAUAACCCUCCACCCUUAGAGUAUGGGUUAACUCAAGUAUUUGGCUUCUCGUCUCAAACAAGCAUUGAUGGCGAGGAAGACUCUGAGAUAGACCAGGAGCAGUUUGACUUGACGAGUGCAGACAUAUCCUUUGAGAUGAAUCAAAAUGCAGAGCCUUUCUUUGUGACAGAGAUUAAUGGCUUAAAUGAAUCUGAAUACCAAGAAGAUCCAGAUGGUGAAAGGGAAACCGAACUGGAGAUGAAAAAAGGCGGCAAAGCAUGUCCAGAAAAACUGAUUGGUUAUGAAAUCUUACUUGAUGACACAUCUGAGCCAAAACUGCCUGAGCUUUCUGGAAUUCAGCAAGCUGUUAUUGUUUUGGAGCACAUGCUUAAGAACCUGCUUGUGUAUAGAGAUUCUAAAGCAAAUCUUGACCUUCCACAGAAGCCGUACACCGAAAGAGAGAAAAAGAUUAAAAAUUUGCCAUCUUUGGGACCAAAGAAGUCAAAGGGAAAACAAGUUGAGGAACUUCUGGACCAAAUUAAGGAGGCAAAAACAAUAAUCAAAGUUCCCUUAGACAGUGUACUCAAAGGAGGGAAUGGUAUUUGUAAGAGAGAAUAUGAGGAAGCACUGACGCUACUGAAGGACAUGAAAAGGAAGUACAGGACGGCCCAUCUGAAAAGAGUGGAACAAGCAGCACAGAUUGAGGAUGAGAUGAUGUGUAAUCUAAACUAGCAGGUGCUUUACUCUCUGCAUUUUCAUUGAGUUUGUUUUGGUUUUCAAUAAAACAAUAUUAAGAUAUUGGAGAGAUGGUGAAAAUUUGUUUGAUGUUUGUGUUGAUUACAAAUAAAAUUGAGUUUGCAAUACA